CCCACAAGAGUGUCCUACAAGAGUGUCAUUUGGACAUAUGUAGCUUUUUGAACGUGUUUGCAUUCGGGUUCGUGGGUUCCAUCUUGUUUUUGUUCCUUCUUGUUGUUUGCGAGUCUAUCCCGGAAGAACUAGUCCGUGCCGUUUGGGAGUCCGUUCGGGGUGCGUGUGUCGUUUCGUUUGGUAGGCUAUUCGACUGACUAGGACUGGAACCGAACUAAGAUCCCAAUCACUUGAUGAACUAUUCAUCUUUAUUCCCUGUUCGCUCCGAAACUCAGGCGUGUGCUGACUUCAGGUUGUUUUGUUUUCUCUUUUUCUAAGGAGUGGAGGCCGUAGCUAGUACCUAAAAGUAGCUACUACUGACAGGAUGCAGGAUAGUUCGCGCUCGCACGAAUGAUUUGGUUCCUGCGUGUUUAGUGUUAAGUGCGACCAGCAAAUCACCACGAUCCACAUGAGCAAGAUCCAAAACAUCCGAAGAGUGGAGGUGAACGCCACUUUGUAAACCUCUGCAAUCACUGUGUGUAGCGAUAGGGAACCCUGAAGAAGAGCAAUACCUCUUCCAGGAAUGUAUCAUCUCCCGAUAUUUGGAAAAACGUGGUUUCUAGAGCGAUACCAAAACCGAUACCGAACGAUACCUGGAGCGAUACGCGAGAGAUUGUAGGUUUUCUGGUCUUUGAUUGGGAUGGUGUGGAGCGAUAGGGAACCUUGAGGAGCGAUGCCAGUAGAAUGACUAGCAUGUGUUCACUGCCGCACAUAUGGGACUGCUCAUUCAGUGGGCCGACCGAGCGUCUUUGCGCAGCAAGAGGUCCAAAAGGCUGAAGAAAGCAUGCAAGAACGGAACCAACCAGGGGCAAGCACUGCAUUGGAGGUACACAAAAUCGAGACCAGUGUGACAGAAGGGAGCGAUGUGCAGAAGCCUUCAACAUCUGAGGCCCAUCUCCGAACUUACUUCCUGAAGGACUACAAGAAUGGUGGGGUCUUUCAUCAUGACGAGUAUUACUUUGAGGACGACCAUUGCUGGGUUCACGAAUGGCUCGGGAUCAAGGUAUGGCGAGAUGCUCUUGAUCUGACCCAAACUGGAGGAGAUGGUGAUGUGGAAUGUUACUUUCACUAUACCACAGAACUCGGGUUCCGCAACAUCACGCAUGCAAGCAAAGCUGCUGUGGAAGUGUUCGCCUCUCUCAUCACAAGUGGUGAAAAGGCCAAUGCGUGGUGGGGGAAAGGCAAGGCGGGCUCCCUGCCAGUGAGCUGAAUUCUGAGUCUUCGUGGGCUAAGCGUCUCAAUAUCAAUCUUAGAGCCAGAGCCAGAUUGGAGGGUGAGUUGAAUUUUUGGUGUGCUGUCCAAGGUUGUGCACUGUUGUUGUAAAGGGACCUUUUGGCACAACCCGACUUUCUCUGUAGGCUUUAUCCGGACUUAGUUCCAGCAAUCAUUUGCCAUUCCCCAACGCUUGGCAGGCGUAUACUGUGUACGGAAGCCACCUGAUGAGUGGCCGAGCGUGGAGACGCUUCUGGACAAUAACUACCGCAAUAUGCUCAAGCGAG